AUGACUUGGGAUAAUGAUUUUUCUAUUUUCCGCAUCUCCAAAACCGAGCAUGUUGCUACCUCUGCCCGCAACUACCGAAACCUCCGACUCGGCGCGUUAGCAGCGUCUCCAGCUUCUUUCGCUUCCACACAGGAGAUCGAGGCGGCGUUCACCGAUGAGGAAUGGAUACAAAGCCUCACCAGUCCCGGACGAGAAACGUUCAUUUGCGCCGCAAUCCCUCCUACAGGCCCUACGAAGUGGGUUGGUCAAGUCACCCUUCUCGGCCCCCUAUCCACACAGCCAUUGUCAGAAAAUCACACACCAGAAAACGCUGUCCCAGAAAGCGACGAACGCUGGCACAUGCUCAGCCUGUUCACAUUUCCUGAAUACAGGGGCCAAGGCCUCGGAGUGAAGCUAUGCCAGGAGGUCAUGCGAUUCAUCCAAGGUUAUCGACCUCAGCCUGAGACGGCACAGCUUGAUCUUAUUGUCAAGGAGAGCAAUGCCUCUGCCGUGAGGCUUUAUGAGAGGCUGGGAUUCUGGCAUGUUAGACGGUGUACUCUUGUUGAGGCGCUGAUUGCGAAUGGGGAUGGGCAUCUUUUACCGGCUGACAGAAGUGCCCCUAAGUAUACAGAGUUAGGUGGGUUGGUCAUGAGAAUUAUAAUAUCGCGUUAA